UAUGCCCUACAUUCAGACUUUUCGCGUGAUAACCUCAAAAACGUGAGUUUCUGUGGAAAGGGCCAUGUUUUUGUGUGAUAAGCGCAUUUCCUCGUAUAAAUAGUGUUUAUUGUGUGUUUUUUACAUUUAUUUCGUGUUUAUAUGGUUAAAGUUUUCCGUGGAAACUGUGCGCGAGCUUUCCAGUGUAGUUUUUCGUGUCACCCGGUCAAAUAACGUAAGAAUGUGGCGUGAUGUGUUCGUAUUAUUGCACGGUUAUUUAUGAUAGCGUGAAAUUGCCUUGACGUAAAUGAGUUACGAUUGUGGACCCGAACAGCUAUGAGCCACGUGGGUACAGACGACAGCAUGAGCGACGACGUGUUCGAGGACGACACGCUGCGCGCGCCCGCCGUCCGCAGCACGCCUUCUCCCACCGGCUACCGGGACUACCGGCCCGAGUCCCCGGCGCGGACCGUCAUUGAUGACGACGUGCCUAUACACAAGACAAUUCUUCUCGGCGACAGUGGAGUAGGAAAAACGUCGCUUCUCGUGCAAUUUGAGACUGGAAAAUUUCAAGCCGGCAACUUUUCUGCAACAGUCGGCAUCGGGUUCACUGUGAUGCUACUCGGUGACAGCGGCGUCGGGAAGACGUGCAUGCUCGUACGCUUCCGGGACGGCACUUUCCUCGCCGGCAAUUACAUUUCCACCGUGGGAAUCGACUUCCGGAAUAAAGUAGUUACCGUCGACGGCAUCAAGGUAAAGCUUCAAAUUUGGGACACCGCAGGACAGGAGCGCUUUCGUAGCGUCACUCACGCAUAUUACAGAGACGCACAUGCUCUUCUCCUUCUGUACGAUGUAACUAACAAGACAAGCUUCGACAACAUACGAGCCUGGCUGGGCGAGAUCCGGGAGUAUGCACAAGACGACGUUGUCAUAAUGCUACUAGGAAACAAGUCAGACAGCGGGCUAGAGCGGGCGGUGAGGCGCGAGGAGGGGCAGCGCUUGGCGAGAGAGUACCAAGUCGCGUUUAUGGAGACCUCGGCGAAAACCGGCCUCAACGUCGAAGCCGCUUUUGCCCACGUAGCGCGCGCUCUCGUCGCGAAAGCGAAUCCCGUCGACCCCUCGCGGUUAGCGGUGCGCGCGCAUCCGACACAGGAGCAACGGUCCUCGUGUCCGCCAUGUUCGUAGAUUACGCGCCAACUUUCAAUUUUCGAACGUGUUCGUGGACCAAUGGUCAUGCUCAUGACAAUUUGAUACUUAUCAGAGAUUUUUAUGAAAUUUACACAGUAUGUCAACAUAAUUAGGUACAUAGUACCUACCUAACAUUAUUUAUGUGAUGACGAGAGACGAUAAUACCCAUGUAACUCAAAUCAACCAAUAAAAUUAAUUUCUAGGCAGUUUAUUUUUAUUCUUUUGCAAUGUUUCCUACUAUUAGAUGCUACAACAGUUCUUUAGAUUAAUUGUUGUAAAAUAAGUAUACUUACCUAAUUACCUACCAAAGAUUCCCAUCCAACUAUAUUUUUGAGUUUUAAUAGAGACAUACAAGUACAUUCAUAAUAUAAAUAAAAAUGUAUUUUAAUAGAAAAAAAAACAGAAGUAUCUAAGACAUAAAAUAUGGCAAACAAAUGUUAUUCAUACGAGUAGUAAAUAAAAUAAUAAUUUGUAUUAUAAAGAUAUCAACCGAUGGCAAGUUGUGAAUAGCACAAAAUGUUAAGUAAAAUAGGUAAAUAUCACUAAUGUUAAGGCUGAAAAAGUUGCACAAAAUUUGGAUUUUUUAAAAAUAAACAUUAUUUUGUGACCUACUUUAUAAAUGUUCUACUAUCGCCAAAUUAUAACUUUUGAACGCGUAUAUACCCCUUACCCAAAUAGGUUAACCCCUUUUAGUCUAUACAAUGUUUAGCUAUCUGUCUUUUAUCUUUUUAUUCCAAACUCUUCUAUUUAUCUCUUAUUUUCUUCUUUUACCCGAAAGUUCUCAAUUAGACGCGUAUGUUGUUUUUAUUUUUGUUUUCUACCUCAUAACUUCGUCAUUUAUAAACAAAUUUUGAAAAUUAUUUUCAUUCAUUGAUGGUUGGACUUUAAUCUGCAGUCAUUCUAAUUUUAAGAAAGCGCAAGUUUUGGUGACUAAAAGGAAACAUGUAUUUAGAUAUUUGUAUGAAAAUCAAUUGUUGAAUGCUUGUAAUAAGGCCCUGCGAAUUUGUAUCGUAUCGGCAGGAUGAUUUUGUAUUUAUAUAGAGAUAUUUGGUACUUACAUUAUUGUAAUUUAUGGAUGGUAGUUAUACUAUUCGUUAGAUGUAGAUAGUGCGUAUUAUACUUAAAUUACAUGAUUAUCGUGUAUUAUUUACAUAUAAAAAUAAAAUAUCUAUAAUAUUGUAUUUCUAUAAGUACAUGAAUUUAGUGCAAGUAAAUCUUUUAUGUGCCUAUUUUGUUUAUUAAGGUGACACCAAGUACGUAUAAUUAAAAUACUUUGGGCAAUAAAAUUAAAGAUAAUCUAUCUUGAGCACGUUGGAUUUUUAGCUGCUGAGACUUAGGUAGCUAGCUUUCAUCUUGUGCUUAUUAAGAGUUAUAUUAUUAUAUCAGUACAUACAUAAUACAUAUACAUAUAAAUAUAUUUAUAUAUAAUUGUUUUGUAUGUAUUACUCGUAAGAUUAAGUAAUGUUAGAAUGUUAUAAAAUUACAAUACAGUCUAUUUUUAACGUAAAUCAUAUUUUAAGUAGGUAACUAAAAUAUGAUUUACGAUACUAAAAUUCACUAAAAUUCAUUGUUUAUCAGCAGCAAGUAGUUUAAACAAACCAAUUCGACCGUUUAGACGGAUCACCACAAGAAUGAACCAGUCACCUAUUCCGCCAGCACUUGGCCUCCCACUACUCCACACGUAACUCACGGAACGCUUCUACUAUCUAACUAUCUCGGCUCGUGAGGACCCAAGCCGACUGUUCUAAUGACUCACUUGCCCGACACGCGGAUGACUAAAAACGACAUGACCGGGUUACCUAUUACAAAAUUUCAGCCUUCGCUACUGGUGUUUAUGUAUAUUUAGAUAAUAUUUAUGAUACCUAUCAAUCAAUAUUUAGAAACAAAAAAAAAUCAAUGGAGUUUUUAAGAAAAUUACUAUUCAACAUUUGAACUGUAACAUGAAAAAAUGCGAAGACAAUAUUUUGCUUAGAAUGAAAAUUAUGUCCACAAGAGUAUCUAUGGUCCACACAAAUGGAAACAUUUUUUACUGUUACUCUAUUUCACCAAUUUCAUUAUCUACCUACUUUAUAAAUUUAGUGAACGGUAUCUACGCGUACAAAAUCAUACCACAAAUAAUAAUGAAAUAUUGGUGCCUAACUUUUGGGAGUAGGUACCUACGCCAAAUUGUAUUUAUAGUGGCGUCACUUAUCUAUACGUUAGGUUGGCAUUACCUGCUGUCAGCUCCUAUCAUAUUUUUUUUUAUAAAAUAUUUUUUUUAUAUAAAAUCACUACACUCUGGCUAUUGCAGGCUUUCUAUCCACUACAUGAAAAUAUUA